AGCAACUUCUCAUGUCUGGGAGGGAACCGUAUUGUCAUCCAAUUGUGCUCGCAAAAUUCUAUAUCAAAUCGAAGGUUAGGCAUAUCCUACUACCCAUAUGGAUCGCUUGGCUGCUUCGAACAUGAAGGACUAAGACUAGGAGAUCCCAUUUGUCCGGGGACAACUACGUAGAAUACGACUGGAGGAACGAGUGGCUCAGAAUGGAAGGAUGCCUAUUAUGAUUGAUGAACAAUCUGGUGUACUUCUAGGAGAACAUAGAUCUGAUUUGGCCGGUGAAUGCCAUACGUUAAUUCAUGCUUUUGCUCCUUUGAGAUACAAGUCAUCGAAAACAAUCCCUGCACAAGAUAGGGAGAUAUUAAUUGAACAGCUAAAGGAUAAUUUCAUACUAGACACCACAAGACCAUCUGUUAAGAGAUUUCUGAAUUAUCUUAUGUCAAAAGGUUAUACCAACUUUAAGCGUGAAAUGCUGAUGCAUUUUAGAGAGUAUGCAACUAUUGAAGAAGGGCGGGGUAAUCCUUUUGGGAACAUCUCACCAGCAAAUUGGUCUAGUUUGUGUGAACUCUUUGUUUUGGAGAGAAUUAAGAAAUGUCGUGAUUGUCAUGAGAAUUUUAAGGCCGUAAGGCCAUACAUUGUCAGGUUGAAGGGAGAACAAAGUCUUCAAGGGCAUACGUUGCCAGUUUCACAGGACGAAAAAAAAUCAAUCUACACAGAGAGAAGAUGGAAAAAAUUAAUGAAGCCAACACAAGUUUUAGGCACAACGCACUCUGUUAAAUAUUGUAUUUUAGAAGUGUUCUUCAAAAUAGUUCAGUUAGCAGCCAUGAGUGCAAUUGCUGCUUAA